UACACUUUCUUCUCUCAACACAGACUCAACCAAGCUCAUUGUACCUCAUAAUGUCAGCUGUAGCCUCCGGUAUUGAUAGAAAGGACCAUUCUGCAAUUGCAUCCGACAUGGACUCCGAUUCAGAACUCAUCAACAAUGCUAACCGCCCCGCACGUAUUAGAAGAAGUUCUUCACUCUUUUCACUUUCUUCCAACCAAGAACCACUCCCACGUCCCGAUGAAAAGGAAUACACUGCUUUUAUUGCUGACACCAGACAUUUUUCUAUGAUUAGAAACCUCCAUAUGGCCGAUUUCAUCACCUUAUUGAAUGGGUUUUCUGGUUUCUACUCGAUCAUCUCAUGUCUUAGAUUCGCAUUGACAGGUAAGACUCAUUACGUUCAAAGAGCCCAUUUCUUUAUUUGUUUGGGUCUUUUCUUUGAUUUCUUCGACGGUAGAGUUGCUCGUUUGCGUAAUAAGUCUUCCUUGAUGGGUCAAGAAUUAGACUCAUUGGCUGAUUUGAUUUCAUUUGGUGUAUCCCCAGCCAUCAUUGCCUUUGCCAUUGGCUUCCAAACCACCAUUGAUACCUUGAUCUUGACCUUUUGGGUUCUUUGUGGUUUGACAAGAUUGGCUCGUUUCAACAUUUCCGCCACUAAAAUCCCUAAGGAUGAACAUGGUAAGUCUCAAUAUUUCGAAGGUUUACCUAUUCCUUCAAACUUGAUCUGGGUUGGUUUCAUGGCCACUCUUGUUUACAACGAUUGGAUCUUGGAAAAGUUACCUGGUGGAGUAGUGUUUGCUAACACUUUCCUCGAGUUCCAUUUGGUUUCCAUUGGUUUUAUUAUCCAAGGUUGUGCCGAGAUCUCCAAGUCCUUACAUAUUCCAAAACCAUAAAAAACGAAAAGCAUAUAUAUAAAAGGAUUAAAUACUGGAAG